AUUCAUGAACAAUGCUUGAAAACAUUGCCCGCACAGAAAUGAGCAAUGCAGACUGGUUACUGGCGGUUUAGCAAUCAACCAAGAUAACCCUUCCCAGGUCAAGCUUGUCCAAAAUGCAUGCAACGUUACCACCGAUCUAGGCUCGUCUUUUAGUUUAAUAUUUUAAAUCUGUCUAAUAUUGGAACAAAGAUUUUUAUUCCAAGACACGUCUCGCGUAAUGUUUAAUUGACCACUGAUAUUUCUUGUAAAGACUCAGAAAAUCAGAAAAUGUGUCAAAAUAUUUUAAACAAAAAGGACAUUCCUAUAUUUUGGCCAGCCAAAAGCGACCCGAAUUUCAGUUGACGAGCACUCGACAAACAAAGCAGAAGUGAGACAAGAUAUUUUGGAUUAAGUGAAAAGACAUUAUCUGAAACGAGAAACAAUACUUGUGUUUUCAGAUAAUUACUUCUUUUAUCUGCAGUCACGAGUCUACUACUCUGAAACAGUUAAAAUGUUCUCAAAAUUGACCUUGGAACUGCUGAAUUCCCUUUCGGCUAAGGAAUUUCACACAACGUUUGGAAAUGUGGUCGAGUGUCAUCCGGAGGCAGCCGUAGCUUGUUCCAAAAAGUUGCCAUUCGCUAGUGUUGACGCCGUGAUCUCGACCUUUGACGACUAUCUCCAGCAACUGAACGUUGAGACCAAAACUCGCGUCCUGCGCUCAUUUCCCGAUUUGGCCGGAAAGUUGCUGGACAGUCAUCAGCUAACGGAAGAAUCCACCUACGAGCAUGCUUGUGCCGGCUUGGACAAGUUGAUGGCCGAGGACCGGGAUAAGCUGACGACUCUGAACCGGAAAUACCAGGACAAGUUUGGGUUUCCGUUUGUUAUUUGUGCCAGAGAAGCGUCCCGGUUUGAGGCCAUUUUGAACGGGAUCACAACAAGAAUUCACAACCUUCCAAAGCAGGAGCUGGAGACCGGAAUCGGAGAGGCGAAAAAGAUUUGCCGACUCAGAAUUCUCGAGCUGGUGGAACGUGAUUAGAUAUGAAGAUAUUUCGCUUACUUUUUCA